AUUCAGCUGAACGGAAGAAAUCUUACAGAAGUAACACUUGACUACCUAAAACCAACAACAAUAACCCCAAAUGAUCUUACAAUUACUGGUACCGGACUUCACAUUUUUAUCUAUGCAGUAGAAGGUUCCCACUUUGUUUCCGACUUUCCUCCGAUGCUUAAUGCUGUCGAAGUAUUUCUGUCUUUAGAGCUUCCACUUUCACCGACAUACCCUAAUGAUGUUAACGCUAUGAGGGAUAUAAAGACAACUUACAAAGUGAUUAGAAACUGGCAAGGCGAUCCAUGUCUCCCUAGUAGUUUCUCAUGGAAUGGUCUGAGUUGCAACAAUGACACAAAUCCAAGGAUCAUAUCACUGAAUUUGAGCUCAAGCAAUUUGAGUGUGAUAGCUCAGUCAUUGUCGAAUCUUGAAGCAAUAGAAGUUCUGGAUUUAUCGUAUAAUAACUUGACUGGGUCAAUCCCAGAAUUUUUAGCACAACUGCCCAAUCUGAAAGUCCUGAACUUAACUGGAAACAGUUUCACUGGUUCAGUUCCUAGUGCUCUUCUGGAAAAGGUCAAAGAUAAAACCUUGCUGUUUAGUCUGGAAGGACUGGAAGCUCCAACCCAUGGAAAGCGAAAGAAGAAUAAAUUUCCAGUUCUGCUAACCAUUCUUGGUGGCAUUAUUGUUGUGCUCAUCAUUCUGUCGCUCGCAUAUUGUAUACUGAAUAGAAGAGGAAAUAGAUACUGGAAGAAUGUGUCAAUCAAAUCUCAGGGCGUAGCAUAUACUUACUCUGAGAUUCUCACUAUUACUAAAAAAUUAAAAACAGUCAUCGGAGAAGGAGGAUUUGGAAAAGUUUACCUCGGCAAGCUGAAUUAUAACACUAAAGUAGCUGUUAAGGUGCUUUCUGGUACAUCAAAUCAAGGCUAUAAUGAGUUUCGAGCUGAGGCAGAACGUUUAACGAGGGUCCAUAGCAGGCACUUGGUUUAUCUCAUUGGGUACUGCGAUGAGGAUGAACAUAAGGCCCUGAUAUAUGAAUUCAUGGAAAAUGGAAACUUGAGAGAUCAUUUAAGAGGGUACCGAGAUGCAAAAUUUCUGAGCUGGAAAGACAGAAUUAAUAUUGCCAUAGAUGCAGCCAAGGGAUUAGAGUAUCUGCACAUUGUUUGCAUGCCACCUGUACUCCACAGAGAUUUGAAGACUUCCAACAUCUUACUUGACAAAGAGAUGCGAGCGAAACUAGCUGAUUUUGGGCUCUCUAGGGUCGUCACAGAAAGUGGUCCUAAUUCAACAAACCCUGCUGGAACACCUGGAUACAUGGAUCCUACGCUAUGGAAUUCUGGUAUCUUAAGUAGGAAAGCUGACAUUUAUAGCUUCGGGAUAAUUCUGUUUGAGCUGAUCACCGGCAAGCCAGUAAUAAAUGAAAGAGGCCAAGAAAGUCCAGUACAUAUUCUUCAUUUGGUUGGUCCUCUAAUUGAAACAAGGGAUACCCAAUGCAUGGUUGAUCCCGGGUUUAAUGGACAAUUCAAUGCCAAUGCUGUUUGGAAAAUGGUGAAUAUUUCCAAUUUAUGCACACAACGAGAUGGAGAUGCAAGACCAGGCAUAAGUUAUAUACUGGCAGAAUUGAAGGAAUGUUUGGAUAUAGAGAUGAAUCCUGGAACAACCUGCAUGACAGACAGCUUCAUGUCGGCUUCAUCCAAUCUGCCGGAAGGGCCUUCUUCCGAUCACGGUUUAGAGUUGGCUCUCAUUCCUUGAGUAAGCUUUUUGAUAUAAGAGAUAUGGGCUCCUGAUAAUCGAUGGAGUAGUUUGAGGAUUUCCGGACUCUGUCAUUUCGUACAAGACCUGUUUCAUUAUAUCUUUUAUUGUAUAUUGGAGUUGAGGAUUGAGUUUGAGGUGUGAUUAAUUUCGGGAAUUGACCAUAUCUUGUUAAGCAUAUUUUGAUUGGUUGGUUUUGAACUUAUUGUUCUGUGUCAUGAACUACUACAAUUUGGCAUGACGACCCUCUGAAAGUUUCUCUAAGGAUUGAAACUCCCAAUAGGGUUAGCCUCGGGAAUAAAGAUCCCAAUUGACUAGUUGUAUUAGGUUUCUCUUAUAAAGAUAUUAUU